AUGACUGCCCUGGAGAAAGCCCUGACCACCAUUGUCGCCACCUUCCACAAGUAUUCCGCCAAGGAGGGAGACAAGUUCAAGCUCAACAAAUCGGAGCUGAAAGAGCUUCUGAUGAACGAACUUCCCGCGUUCAACAGCAAACGAAUGGAUGGGGCCGAAUUCCAGAAGAUCAUGAAUGACCUGGACCACAACAAGGACAACGAAGUGGAUUUCCAGGAGUUCUCUUGCUUCCUGGCGUGUGUCUCAAUGGGAUUUGACGAGUUCUUUCGGAGUUGCCCCAAACGCCCCGAGAUGCAAGCUCCCCUUGAAGAAGCUCUGGACGUCAUGAUAGAAACCUUCCACAAAUAUUCCGCCAAGGAAGGGGACAAGUUGAAGCUCAACAAGGCUGAGAUGCGAGAGUUGCUGCUCCAUGAGAUGCCCACCUUUGUCAGGGGGAAGAUCGACGAACGCGGCUUUGAGCACUUGAUGAAGAAACUUGAUGACAACAAGGACGAGGAACUGGACUUCCAGGAGUACGCCGUCUUCUUGGCUCUCACCGCUUCCCUGUGCAACGAAUUCUUCCAGGAGUGUUCCGACGAGAACAACCGGAAGAGAUGAAGCCGACGUUUCCGGGGGGUCUCUUUGGCUGUUACACCUGCCUACGCAGACCGGCCAGGGUGGGGCUGGGCUAUUUGUACAGUAAUAAAGGUGCUUGGAACAACGGGGUGUUCGCAGGGCAAGAUUAAGACAUGCUGAGGCCCUAAACUAUAUC